CUAGUUUUGAGUGAACCUGCGAUCUGUCAACUACUGUUAUCAUAACAAAGUGAAGUAGUUGUGCAUUGUGCAUAAAACUUUUAUCAAUUUUCCAUAAUGUGUAAUGAAACAGUUGAAAACUAUUGUAGAACUGUUGUUAUAUAGCACUUGAGGUUUUCGCGCAGCAAUUUGGCGAUCAAAUAAGAUACAGACAUCUCGAGGAGUCGGAAAAUGGAGCAGAAAAGUUGAAGUUUCUUCUUUGGUAUGCAGCUUUUAUUUACACCUGUACUGAAAAUUGAAGUAAUAUAAUCCGACCCUGGAUUAUGGCCAACGACCGUUCUUAGUUGCUCACCCCGUACGUUCAUCAAAAGAAAUUGGCGAUUAUCUAAAAGAAGUGACCAUCUUAAAAGUAAACGUAGCUGUACCUUUUCUGGUAGUGAUCAGCUGUGAAUAUGGCAACGGGCACGUCUUUUCAACCAAUGAUGAGCUCGGAUGGUAUUGACGUCAAGGUUUUGAAUACAGUAGUAGGGAUAACGAUCAGCUGUUUAGUUGUUUCCACUGCAUGUAUACAACAAUAAGUACGGCGAGGUGGGCGCGUGUUUUGUUAUGAUGAAUAUGUAACUGAAUCGAAGCUUUGAAUUGUAACGAUGCAUAGUACAAAUUUCGGCUCGGAGCAAGGUAAUGCAGAAGAAGGAGACAUUCUGGUGUCGGUAGCUACAUUAGUAACGGAAGGACGUAUUCCAGGUGGAAUUAAUUCGAAAUCUAAAAAAUUUUACGAAGGGCCCCACUGUACACUAGUAAAGGGAGCCUUCAAAGAGCAUAAGUGCGAUUUGGCCGAUUCUUUGUGUAUGAAAUUUGACACCGACCGCCAGAAAGUCUUGAAUUUUUGCAAAAAGGGCAUCCCAUUGUGUAUUGAAGUUAUACUGACGUGCGAAUGUAAAGAAUUUGACGAAACAACGGAAAAUUUGGAGGAUACGUACGUCCUUGAACAGUGGCAUUUCAGUAUACGUUCAAAAAAGCCAACUGAACUAUUACAUUUCAACGUGACUCAACUUGCUAGCGCUAUCAGAUCUCAAUUAUACUUUUCUCAAAUAACUGCAUGGCUAACGACCCAAGACGAUACCUCACAAUUGACAAUAGCAGAAGACAAUUUUCGAUACCAUCUGACUGCUCCUGGAAAAGCAUUGGCCACUCCUUCUUUUCAUCUUUCAGCAACGAAACACGAUUUUCCAAUAACAGAAAUCGGUAACGGAUUGGUGUUGCAAGUUUCGUGUCUAAGUCUGCCAAGAAGUUCUACGAUUCCGAACAUAACUUGUAAAAACUGUGCUAUGAAACCGGCUUUCGAGAUGGAUACGAAAAAUAAUUUACUUGACGAUAGAAUGCACAUUUCCUGUAAAUUAAAGGGGAAGCACCGUUGUGAAGACCUGGAGGAAGAUGAAAAUAUCAAAAUCGCCAAUAAAGUAAACGUGAAGCGACUCUGUAGUAAAUCGACGUCACCUUGCGAAGCAUCGACGAGUAAAAACAAACCAAAACUUCAAGUAUAUAUUGAAAAUUCCAAUUAUUAUACUUCCGCGUCGACGACCAAACGAAACGGCUACCAGAGAUCGCUUCUCGAUGCCAAAAAUGAUCUCAAUAAGGACAAAGGUCAACUGCUUCUGGAAGCUAUAGAACGCAGCGGACAAAUGAGUACAAGCGAGAGUGAUAUAUCUAAUUGUGAUAAGCGAGAAAGUGAUAUUCUUAGUAUUAGAGAAAAAACUAAUUUUAAUGUAUACGUAGAUAAACAUUGUGAUAGUCCUGUUCCACUUUUAAAAGAAAAAAAAAUGAGAGACAUUUCAAACAUAGAUCCUAAUAAUAAAAGGGCAUACGUUAGGCAAAAAAUAAUUUUCGAAGAUGAAGAGGGUAAAGGUGAAAUACCGAGUCCGCUGGAACAAGCUAAAUUUAGAAAAGAUCUAGACAGCGCCGCUUCAAUGGUGUUCCACGCCAGAACUGGUUUACCUUUGACUAGUAGUCCCGCGCCCGUUCGAAGAGGAAAAACUUGUUUCGAUUUUGAUUCGUCUAUCAAUUCCGUCUCAGCAAUAAAAAGCGCUUUAUUUUCGACAAGUUUCUCGACCGACGACGAGAGCGAAAGUGAAGGCAGCAUAGUAUCUCCAUGUAGUCCCGAACUACUUUCCAAUCACAAGGGCGACGUAACAACUCCCGUCAAAUAUCGCCGAAGGGGCCAUUCGGCUAGUUUAUUAGGUUGUUUCGAAGAAUCAGUUCUUAAUGGUCGUUUGGAACCUGCGUCAACCGUCCAUGGAUUCACAGCAGAAUUAGGGGCCAGCGGUUCUUUUGUCCCCAAACAUCUUGUAGUACCAGUGACAGUAUUUUUCUAUACCUUAGGAGAAACUGAUAAAGUUUCUUCUCCUUACCUCAGCCAUAUAAACCUUGGGAAAAAAGGUUACAAUGUACCUAAAUCGGGUACUGUUCAAGUAACACUCUUCAAUCCACUCGGGACGGUGGUGAAGAUGUUCGUGAUUAUGUAUGAUCUCUCCGACAUGCCACCCAAUUCUCAGACGUUUAUCAGACAACGCACAUUGUACAUGCCGACAAAUUGUAAUGAUACAAAUCUGGAAUGGGGUCCUAAAUGGCUGCGAUAUCUAAUACAUUUGAGAUUUAUGAGUUCAAAAUCUGGGAAGAUCUACCUUCACAGCGACAUUCGUAUGAUAAUAUUUCGUAAAUGCGAUAUGGACACAGCAACCGCUCAUGGUAUUGAGAUGAGUUACGAAUUGCGAAGUUUCACUCGCAUGCCGACAAAUCCGAGAUAUUCACCAAGGAAGUAACUAGAAACCAAUAAUGUAGUUGCAGAAGACCAGGGUAAAUCUACUUCCGUCAAUAUUUAUUCGUUUCUUUGUAGAUCACUACUCGGAUGCCUUUUUCCAAAGUAGCAUUGAUGCACAUGGAGAACGGGAUCGUUCUUGAAUUAUUUAUAAUUUAAUUAUCAUAUCCCUCAAUAUCAUUGGAUAACUCGAUAUGUUCAGUUAGCCAAUAAAUGUUUUAAACGAGAUGUUAUGUUACUUUCGUAAACGCAAGUUGCAACUUUAUUAGAAGUUAACACAAAGAGAUUCGGAACUAAAAUUAAAUGAAAGAAAAUAAAACUGCCUAUAUUGAAAAAUAAUUUUGUUGUAAUUUCAAUAACAAUAACUCUCCCUGAAAGAUUUGGAGGGAAAAGCUGUUAAUGAGAACAAUAAUUGUUUUUUAGGAAAUUCUAUUUCAUCUACCUUGUAGUUCUUCAGUUUUACUAGAUUAAUGAUGGUGGUUGACGUUUUUAAUUGAUUGUUAACAUUGAUACAUACUAGAGAUGCUCCUAAAUUUUGAAAUAAUAGAAUGAACCAUUAUAAAUACAAAGAAAAAAAAUAUAUAAAAAUACUUGCACUUUGACAUCGUUUCUGUGACUUCCCAGCCAAAACAGAGGAAGACGUCACGUUGCCUCAAAUAAUGUUAAAAUCUGAACUUAAAUUCACUAAUAUAUCUCGUAUACUAAGUGGUAAAUCUCUCUUCAGGACUGUCACCGAAACGAUAAGUAUCGAAUCCUCCAAUUGUUGUGUUAUAAUUUUCUCUAGUUUAUCGGCGAAGUAAGUCUUACAUAUCUCCAAAUAAUCUAAUUAGAACUAAGAUGGAAUUACUGGAACCGAAUUCAUACUGAACACACUGUUUACACUACCACUACACUAACACUCAUAAUUACACCGUCUACUAAACUGUUUACCUUCAGUUUCUGAAGACGAUAACUUGGUUAUCGAAACGCGCGUCAGACAAUGUAAUUGUGAGUGUUUAUGUAGUGGUGGUGUAAACGUGUUCAGUAAGUCUAUUUAGAGGUUAGAUUACAAGAUAUUGAUUGCCAAUUGGCAGAAUUUGACUAAAAAAAAACAUUUGAAAGUAUAAAAUCUAGGAUAGUAGUUGAUUAUGACACAAACAAUCCUUUUCUUGAUGUGCACAGGAAUAUUCUUAUCGUAGUGGACGAAAUGUCGAAUUGUAGACCACUUCAGAUUCAUAAAAAUAUUCUGGCUAAGGAAAUUUUUUUCCUUUGGCAAUUUUAUAUUAUCGUGGCCUCCUCCGCAAUUUUUUUACUCGAGAAAAUCGAAAAAUCAAAUUUCAAUAUUUUUUUUUUAAUUCUAGUUUUUAUGACGAAUUUACGAAAAAAUUAGGGGAAUAUAAAGUUGUAAUAGUUUCUGGGCAUUAAAUGUUCAUGUAAACGAACUCUUUCACGUAUAAUUCUUGAAAACUUUUGUACAAGUAAUCAAUGCAUUUUUUAUAUAUUUUUUUCUUACUACAGUAGAGCAUAAUUGAAAAUCCGGUUGAUUUGGACGAUUUUAGCCUUAUUCGCACUGUAAUAUGAAUAGUGCGAGUUGUAACACAACUCAAACUAUUUUAUUAAUACAAACAAAGGCAACAAAUAAUCAAAGACUAAUAACAAGUAAAUAUCCUAGUCUUUUUAAGGACAAAAGCUGAAUGGUGUCACACUCAGCUAUUUCGUUGCUUUUUUCAAACAGGUAAACUCCUCAUCGUAAGUUGGGACAUCGUCUUCCACUUCAGUGUUUUCUCUAACCUACUCUUCCUUUCUUAUUUUCUGAUUAUCAUUCUCUAUCUGCUGAACCAUUUCUAUAUCAGAAAGAAUCCAACAUCCAGGAUCGUUGACACUCCUCAAAACUGGUGCUUCUUUGAUGACUUCUCUUAUUUUAUCCAGAUCCAGACUUUCUUGUGGGUCAUCUGGAACAGAAUCACUAUUUUCUUGCGAAUUUGGUUAGGAUACAGCUUAUUCCAUGCUUUGUCAAUUGUGAUUUCGUUUACAGUGGGCCAAGCAUCUUUUUUUUGUUAUAUAAAAACAUUCUCAUAUCACUCGUCAAAAAUAUCUGUGAUCGCCAGUAGAGUUAUUGCAAUCCAUGAUUCGUAAUGCUGGCUAUUUACCCAGGCGCUGCAAUUUCCUUUUCGAGAAAAGGGACUUGGAUGACAGCUUUUUCCAGUUUAGACUUGUUUCGUCCGCAUUAUAAAUUUUUUUCGGUUCAAAACCACCAGCUUUGCAAAAUUAAUUAAAUGUCUCUUUAAAAUUAUUGGCAGAUGCUACAUCAGCUGACAGUUUCUCACCUUGUAGCUCCUUUAUCCCGUGUCUGGAUUUGAAGCGUUAAAGCCAGCCAGAUGUAGCUUUGAAUUUAGGAUCAAUAUUUAUCAUUUGGUUUAUUUGUUGUACUUUUUCACAAAUUAUCGGUCUAUUAAUCGGUUGUCUUUGGGUUAUAAUUUACAUAAACCGAAUAUACAUAGUAAAGUCCGUCUCCUGAUUUAAUAGAUUUUCUUGUUUUUACUUCCAUCUUCACUGUCUAAUUUGGAAGCAUAGUCUUUGACGCUGCUUUUCAAUGCCUAAAAUCGUAGAUGUGUCAACAUUGUACUGCCGCGCUAAACUAGUCUCACUUACACCACGAAUUACGUCUUCUAACAUUUCAAGUUUUUCUGCAAUUGACAAAGUUACAGCUAACUGAACUGCAACGAGCACUACACCAGCAAAAGUUAAAACAUCACGUGCGCAGAUUGAAUACAACGAAACUUCGCACGCGGGAAAUUUAAAACUUUAAAAACUUGCGCAGGAUGUUGACGAAUAUUUUUUUUAAUUUUUAACUGACGGAUAAAGAGAUGCUCUACUGUAUAUAAAAAAAAACAAAUUAAGAAAAUUACACAAAAAUGAAGAAGUGGGAGGAGAAGAUAUAUAAAAGCACAAAGACUAAAUUGGGCAGGACACAUUAUAAGAAGGAAACCUACAGAAACGGUGAGGAGGAUAACACAAUGGAUACCUCUAUGGCCAAGAGGUAGAGGCACACCAAGAAACCAAAUUGAAGAAGAUACCCGAAUCCUAGAAAUAGUAGACUGGAAAGCAAAAUGCAAAAACAGAAAAGAAUGGAGAAAGCUAACCAACGAAGCUAGAAUCAACAAAAAACUAUAACAAAAGAACAAGGGGAGUCACCCACCCCAAUAAAAGGAUAUGUAGACGCCCAAAGCGCCAGCCAUAAUCGUACAUAAGUUAGGUUAGGUUUAAAAUAAGUAUAUAAAAGCUAACCAACCUAACCUAAUAGGUUAAUAAAAUUUGUAAAAAACUUUUUAUAUAUUUUUUUAAAUGUUAGUUUUUUGCAUAGAUUAACAAAAAAUAUAAAAAAGCCUUAAUUUUAUACUUUAUAUAAAGUUAUGAACGAUUAUACUUAAAGAGUUGCGUUAUGGUAACAAUGCGUAAGUCAUAAAACCAUAUGAAAUCUUCAAGUGAUUUAUUUCCCACAUUUUUUUUUUCAUAAAUCCACCUUAAGAGAUUUAAAAAAAUUAUUGAUAUUUGACGAGCUAAAAAACGAGAGGACGGCGAUGGUAUAAAAUUACCCUCCCUUUGAACAAUUGAAAUAAGUAAAUUCGGUUUGGUUAAUAAAUGUGUUGCUCUUAUUUUUUUCUAGAUAAGAUAUAAUAGGAUGACUUGUUAAUGUUUUUGUUUGUUAUUUAGGAACAGGAUCAUUUGUUUUAGCUUAAGGUAUCAAUAACACGUGUUAAAGUCCAAUUUUUUUAAGGCGUUAUGCAUUUCUCCUUUAUUUUUUAUAUAGGGAAGCUUCACAACUGCGAACUUCACAUUUUAAUGUUUUCGUUUUGCGAUUCGACUUCGAACAUAUUGUAAAUGUUGUCAAUUUUUAGAAAGGAAUGCAUAGAAUGCCGUGAAAGCUUCUAUAGUUAUAUGAAAAAGAUAUUUAUUAUAUAUAUACACGUAAAAAUUAUACUAAUUUUUUUAUUAGUACGUCGAAAAUAAAUGUGUGA